AUGGAUUGGCAAGACCAAGCCAAGGCCACGAGGGACACCAAGUUCUCGAGCUGCCGCGGCGUCUCCUUCGAGCUCAAACCGUCGCCGGGCACCUCAUCAUUCGCCUUCGAGGCCGCCGAUCGACCGGUCCACCGGACGCCGCCGGACGCCCCGAUGGCCAAACGGUGGAUCUCGUUCCCUGGACCAUUCGGCAGUGCAUCCUCUAGGAUCUUUGCUGCGGCGCGGGGGUCUCACUCUUUUGGAAGGUCACAGAGCCACCCUAGCAGGCACUUCUGCGACCUCGGCGACGAGGAAACGGAGGAUGAGUCCGUCUCACCGGCGAAGCCAGCGCCGCCCGCGCGCUCGAGGCUCGGCGUCAUACUGCUCGACCAGGGCUUGUUCACCGUGUACAAGCGCCUGUUCGUGCUGUGCGUCGCGACGAACGCGGUGGGGCUUGCGCUCGCGGCGACCGGGCACUUCUUCCCUUACGCGAGGGAGCACGUCGCCGUCUUCGCCAUGGGCAACAUCCUGGCGCUCACGCUGUGCCGCUCCGAGGCGGUGCUGCGGGUCGUGUUCUGGCUCGCCGUGGCGCUCUUCGGCCGGCCGUGGGUGCCAGUCGUCGUCAAGACCGGCGUGACGGCCAUCCUGCAGUCGCUAGGCGGCGAGCACAGCGGCUGCGGCGUGUCGUCGGCGGCGUGGCUGGCGUACGCGCUCGUGCAGGCGCUCCAGCACCGCGACGUGACGCCCCGCGAGGUCGUGGUGGUGACGAGCAACCCGGAGGGGAGCAGGGACGUGGUGAGGGGGUGCAACAAGGCCGGUAUCCCGGCGUUUGGGCCGAUCUGGGAUUCUUGA